UCUUGCAUCAUCCAGCUCCGACUCGUCCCACCUCAUCCCCGCUGCACAUUGAGUUGAGCAGUGUGGGCAGAUUUAGCUGCCUCAAUACAAAGCAGUACGCAUGCGUAGGGGAGCAAAAGAUUAAAUUCUCUGGGUGAGAAAGUAAGGAGGGUGACUGGCGACUCUCCCUUUUUUAAAAUUUUUAUUGUCGGCGAGGGGGUGUCAUCGUCAUGGCUGAGGAAGAGGCGCUGAGGAAGCAGGCAGAUACGGUGCGGCGCCUCAAGCAGGAGAAGGCUAGCCCGGAAGAGAUCACAAAGCAAGUGUCAAAGCUGCUGGAGAUGAAGUCAGCAAUGCAUCCUGAAGAAGGCAAGCAUAAAUUUGUUUUGAAGACACCAAAGGGUACUCGGGAUUAUAAUCCCAAACAGAUGGCUAUCAGAGAGAAAGUCUUCAAUGUCAUUACCCAAUGCUUCAAACGUCAUGGAGCUGAGACAAUAGAUACUCCAGUAUUUGAAUUAAAGGAAACCUUAACAGGGAAAUAUGGAGAAGACUCAAAGCUCAUCUAUGAUCUGAAAGACCAAGGAGGAGAGCUGCUAUCGCUUCGCUAUGAUUUGACUGUGCCGUUUGCUCGUUAUUUGGCUAUGAACAAAAUCACCAACAUUAAGCGUUACCAAAUUGCUAAAGUCUACAGGCGGGACAACCCAGCCAUGACGAAGGGACGUUACAGGGAGUUCUAUCAGUGUGAUUUUGACAUUGCUGGCCAUUAUGACAUCAUGAUUCCUGAUGCAGAGUGUCUGAAAAUUGUGCAUGAGAUUCUAUGUGCCCUACAAAUAGGAGACUUUCUCAUCAAGGUCAAUGACCGGCGUAUCCUUGAUGGGAUGUUUGCAGUCUGUGGGGUUCCAGAUACCAAAUUCCGGACCAUUUGCUCCACUGUAGAUAAAUUAGACAAGAUGGCUUGGGAAGAUGUAAAAAAUGAGAUGAUUGGAGAGAAGGGAUUGGCACCAGAAAUUGCAGAUCAUAUUGGUGAAUAUGUAAGGCUGCAUGGUGGGCUCAGUUUAAUUGAACAAUUGCUCCAAGAUCCAAAGCUGUCACAAAAUAAAUUGGCUCGGGAAGGGCUUGAGGAAGUGAAACAGCUGUUCAAAUAUUUGGAUCUUUUUGGCAUUUCAGAUCAGAUUUCCUUUGAUUUAAGUCUCGCUCGUGGUUUGGAUUACUACACUGGAGUAAUAUAUGAGGCUAUCCUUCUCCAAGAACCAAAUGAUCAUGUGGAGGAGUCUGUUGGUAUUGGUAGUGUGGCUGGAGGUGGCCGUUAUGAUGGAUUAGUAGGGAUGUUUGAUCCCAAGAAUCGGAAAGUGCCUUGUGUUGGAGUCAGCAUUGGCAUUGAACGGGUCUUUUCCAUUAUGGAACAAAAAAUGGAGGCUUCUGAAGAGAAAAUCCGAACCACGGAGACCCAGGUGCUUGUAGCAUCUGCUCAAAAGAAACUUCUUGAAGAAAGACUAAAGCUUGUGUCCGAGUUGUGGGAUUCAGGAAUAAAGGCAGAGAUACUUUACAAGAAAAAUCCCAAACUACUAAACCAGUUGCAGUACUGUGAGGAAACUGGAAUUCCACUUGUUGCUAUAUUGGGAGAGCAAGAGUUAAAAGAUGGAGUUGUCAAAUUGCGUGAUGUGGUUACUAGAGAAGAGGUGGAUAUUUUCAGAGGAAAUCUUGUGGAAGAAAUCAAGAGACGAACACUUAUUCUCUAGAAAUACUGGAUUUCCCUUUGAAAAGAUCGGCAAAACUUCAUAAAUUACUUCAAAUUAGAGGUUUUUUUUCAAAGCUGUAAUUUAUUUUUCUGUAAAGCCCCUUAAUCUUAGAGAUCAAGGAGCUUAGUCUUAAAGAGUAAAGAGCUGUGGUUCAAAGCAAAUGAAAUAUUCUGUUCCAUUGUUUAAAAUAUUGGCGUUUUGAAUCCCUGAUUUGACCUCAAUAAAAUUUAUUUCAACCCAUG